GGCCGUGUGCUUGUCACGUCUAUAGGAAACCCUAUAAUAUGCCAGCGCAGACAUAAUCACAUUUUUGUGGGUGAGGACAUUCGUGUACACAAUAAAAUACAACUCGUCGGAGUUUGACUCUAGCCCCGAGUCUGUCUGAAUGACAGUGUGUACUACUACUGUGUGUAUGCGUGUGUGUGAGUGUGCGCUGGUGAGAGAGAGAGAGAGAGAGGGGUAUUGCGGAAGGCUUAGUGCACAAUCUGUCUGAGCGAGAGGCCAGUAGAAAUAAAGGAGAGAGAGGGGGAGAGAGGAUCGCUGUAUAUAGGAGUGUACACAGAAGGGAGACGGACGAGUACACAUUUAGCAGACAGACAUACAUAGAGCACAGCAGGGAUUGACAAUCGUUCGCAGCAGGAGGAGGGUAUGUACGUGUGCGGUGAAGGGGUUCAGCUCAGUAGCAGCUAGCUCGGUCGGUCUGGUCUCGCUCACUGCCUUUCUACAUACAUAGCUUCGUUCUUCCCCUAAUGACACAACACAUACGCGGCGACGGCAGACAUUCUAUCGGAGACUGUGAUAUCUAUCUCUACAGUGGUGCUGCUACCUACCCUUGGUUGUCACUGCUGCCAUCGCUAGUGCUAGGACUAUCACAGACGGACUCUACCACCGCUGCCUUCACCAAUAACCCGUGGAUCGCUCUGCGACUACCUUCCACGGCCGGGCACAUCCACUCAUCAUCAUAGCCGUCUUUGCAAUUGUCUCUUCCAGCCAUCCCCGGCUUAACGCACAAACUAUGUGCAAGAGAAGAUAGCACUAGUAGUGGUGCGUGGCACAUGGAAUAUUUUGUCUUGGUGGUCCUUGCGCCAUUGACUGUCGUGUGCUUGUGCUGUGUCAUCAUGUUUUACUACCGUCGCAGUAGCCGCCUAGCGUCACACUCGUCCUCCUUACCAACGUCUAGUUACUCCAUCACCUCCGACAAUCCUCCCGUAUCGGUAAAUCAGUCACCCCUGAUAAGCAGCCACAGAUUCUCAGCACAGCAUCAGCAGGAGAGGCUACGGAAACAACGCGAGAUGGUUUGUUCCCACAGCGAGUCGACGGAGAAGUUCCCCACAUCAGUAUGCCUCCCAGACGAGGACGAACCACCGCACAUGCGCGACAACAUUAGAAUACACCGGGAAGUCAUGUCGGAAAACGGCAUCAGAGCGCCUCCCAAUCGGACUGUAUAUGACAGCGAGAGGCAAGAUUUGAUGAUACAGUGUCGUAGCAAAACAGAAAACCUUCAACGGCAUCCGGUGAGACGGAGUGCGUCGAACGUCUCUCAGUCCAAACGGGGCGGAGGAGGCGGGAGUAGAGGCGGGGUCGGUGGAGGAAUUAAAAACGGUGCAACAACGGUGACGACGACGUUACAAGGCGGUGACUUGGAGGCGAUCGACAGCGAGACGCGGAGUCCGCUGAAUCUAGUUGACUCUGACGCGGAAGGGCCGCCGCCGUACGCGAGCUUGGUCCAGAAAAACAACAAUAUUAUCAAUGUGUGUGAGGAUAGUACAGUCAGUACAUGUAACAGCACAGAUGGUCUCCUGCAAUCCCAACAUCAACAACCAUGCACACCACCACCCUCUUGUCAACCGAACACUAAUGGAAGAUUUCAUGCCAGUGCUAGGGGGGCGAAUAGGGGCAGUGGAGUCAGACUAAAGCAUGAAGGUGCCGACUGUGUCUGACAUAGCUUCAAGCGCUCCUUAUGGACUCGUUUAACGUUUGUCGGGUUGCGUUAGGGUGCAGAAAAAUAUGAAUCUAGAGUAUAUUGGGGGCGGGCAUGGGGCUUUAAAGGGAAGGGGUAGGUUUCGUCGUCGAAGCACUGUGUAACCUGUCGCCACUUGUAAUGACUUGAAACGCAGUCUCAAAAGUGCAAAAUGGAUAACAACGUGAAAAUAACCCUUUCUUGCUUGUUGAAUUGUGGAGUGGAUAUUUUGAAAAAAUACAGAUCAACGCUUCGCUGCCUUUUAUUCGUCUCUCAUGACAGUACCUGGUUUUAACCCAAAGUGCAUCUUGAUCUAGUUCUUGUCAUAAUGGAAGAAAAUUAAUGCAUCUGGAAUGGGGACAAAUCUCUUACUGUUCAAAAGCUUUGUGAAAUGUGCAAGCAGUUUAUGUGCUUAAACCAGCGUACAAUCAGCGUUGGAAACGGAGGAUGAUGUUAUACCCGCAACUACACACACGCUCACCGUCUUCACACCUAGUUAUAUGGAGUGAUCCAAACUUAAAAAUACGCCUCUUGAUGUUAUAGUAUAUACCCUCGGACAAAGGAUCUAGACCAUCACCGUCACAGGAAAUAAGGAAAUGUUUCUCUUCUAUGGUGUCUUCAAAGACGCAUCAGCAUGGAAUGCAACAUGGGCGUGUGCUGUUCAGAGAGGUUUUUUCAUCGCUUUUUAUUAUUGCUCGUCGUCACAUCAGAGGGAGGAGUAGAGAAAGGCAACAUCAGCUGUAAAUCCUUAGCUCGGUUUAACCAUAUCCUAUUCAUCAAAUUGGCCACAACUCUUGAGAGAUUGCAUCACUUUCUAGCGUUAAUAUCAUCUGCCGCAUCUUUGCAAAAUAACAGAUUUUGUCCUUUAAAACAAAUAUAUGUCAACAUUGUAUUGCUUUUUGGAUCCACAACUCCAUUACUGUAUUCAGUCAAACAUACAAGCAGUGAUUUUUUUUUUGUUCAUUAAUAAGAAUGUCUCAAAUUUUUCCCACACAAAUCUGAAAAUGUCACUCAUACAAAUCAUUGCAUAUCCUUUAUCCACACUGGCAUUUAAUAGCAUGUAAAAUUACGAAGCCUUUGAAAACUAUAUUAAAGAAUGAAAGCUGUUCAAAUACAUUUUUUUUUACGGGUUUAUGGAUUUAAAAAAACCAUGGAGGAUAUUUUUGGAGUUGUCUCUGUCAGAAAUCUUGGGGUAUUAAUUAUUACUUCCUGAAACUUGCAGUUCUUACAAUAACGUUUAAAAAGGCAGCAAAAUUUAUCACUGGUAGUCAAAACCAUUGCAGUUUAGGACCAUUUUCAAAUCAUAACCUAGUCCAAAAAAUGGUAUUGAAUCUGUUAUAUUCGAUUUUCUCCUCAAAGAAAAAUAAUCUACCAUCAUCCACAAACUGUUAAAGGCAAAAUCCACCAAGUUACAUGCACCUAGAAAUGGGAAUAAUCAUUGGUUUAGAAGAAAACAAGAUGCCUCAUGAGUUUCCAUGACAAUCCCGAGAACUGUUUACUAUUAAACACCUGCAUAAUAAUAUUAUAUUAGUUGUAAAAAAUGCCAGAAGAAAGGAAUUAUUUUUUACUUAAACUUGCUACUUAUGACCGAAAGUGAGAGAAAGAUCAUGUGGAAUAUUUGAAACUCAAGCAAGCUCUCUCAGAAAGUGCUCUGGAAAAUUGAUUUGAAAUGUAAUAUGCUCUUAUAUUUUGGUCAGAGACCACGUGAGGAAGAAGAAGAUAAAAGUCAGCAACAGAAAGCCAACUAAACUUAAGUGUGUGAAUUUGUAUUUUGUAGGAUUCCUCUCAACAAUGUUAUAUCUCUUUGUUUUCUUUUGCAUUUAUCAUGCUAGAUAUUUUGUCUACCAAAGCCUGAAGACCCUAACUUAUCUGUUCACGUUUUGUUUUUCUAUUUAAAGGAGUUAUUAACCCUAUUGUGAUUGAAUCUGGUAGAGAUAAGGAGAUUAUGUUUUUCCAAGUUUGGGUGCAACUGGAGUGAAAGAGAGAUGGAUGAAAUGAAACGGAAGCAAGAUUAUCCUGACAAACGAGCAAAUGAUUAAAACUGAGAAAAUGGCACGGCCUGGUUUACCCAAACUGAAUAUUUAUGUGCUUGUGACAAACUGCUCAAAGCAGUAUGCAGUCUCAAGUUUGAAUCUUCUAUUUCCAUUCUAUUCAUUUUGCUAAAAUGCCAAGAAGAUGAAACAGCUUUCUUUCUAUAGGCUUGUUUUUGCUAGCACCGUACUGAAGGCAUGCCAGUAUGGAACCCCACCCCUCCCUCUCCAAAGAAGAGAAAAUAAUUGAGACUGCCAUCAAGUUUUACUCUUUGAUUUUGUUUUAGGGUUAUUUUGCUUAUCUCUCUUUUAUCUCUCUAUCUCUCUCUUGUACUAGGAAUUGGAAGAUAAAUAAUUGGAAGAAGAAGAUGGAUGAAUGUACCAGCCAAGAAUGUAUACUUAAUACGUAUCGGCCUAAAGAACCGAUACGUCGGGAGUUUGCAAGCAGUGGGAUGUAUUAAACGUAGAGGGGGGAGGGGGGGGGAUAGCAGGCUUGUAUUGGUUCACUUCACCCUCACUCUGUGUAAGAGCAGGUAAAUCUUACGAAAGGAGAAAAAUUAUCUUUAUUUUGAUCAAGACUUACAUAGAGCAAUCUUCCGAAAGUUCUUCAACUUUGAGAACUUUUUAGGGGCAAGUUUACAUUUAUUUGAAAGAAGAAGAAAAAAACUUACCCCCCAAUUUUGUUGUGCCCUCAUCUGUCUUCGAUACUACAGCUAAGGCUGUGUAAUUUGAUGAGAAUUCAUUUGAAAUAAAUAAAUGAAUAAAGUAAGAAAAAGCACAUUUGCAUUAUUUUAGUUUUGAAAUAAUUUUUUUUUUUAAAGUUGUCUGAAUGAAAUUUCAUUUAUAGAGAAAUUCCAAUAAUUACUAUUAAUUCUUUUUAAUUUUCAGGAGAACAUUCAAAUUGUUCUACCCUUCAGCAAUACCCUAUUGAAUUAUGUGACAAAUUUUAGUGAGCCUUUUGUUGGGGUGGGUGGAGGGGGGGGCAGGGGGGACAUCCAAUUAUUACCUUUGAUACAUCCCUCCGCUUGCGACUCCUUCCUUGUGCAAUCCGUGUAUUCUUGAACUGGCUUUAGUUUAUUUUUCAAUCAUUUGUAUUUUUUUCUUCUGUUUUCAUUCAUUCAUUUAUCCAUGUGGAUAUGAAAUAACUCUGUAUCAUGUUUACAAUGACGUUUGUAAAGUUACAGACGUUGUAGGAUUUCUAAGAUGAGUUGAAUAAUCAUGAUUAUUUUUUUGUUUACCAUGUGCUCCGGUAUAUACUACUGCCAAGCAGACAAAACCAUGAAUCUUAAGGCAUGAAAUGAAUUGCCUGUGUCUUAUAUGUCAUCUUCUACCAAGUGUGUGUUCAGAGAAUGAGAAAAGGAUGUGACGGGAAUGAUGUGUUCAUAGGCAAGUUAAUGUGUUUGAAACAGACAUAUAUGCCCUAGAAUCAAAUUUAUUUUGCAUUACUGAAAUUAAAAGCUUUUUUUUCCUCUUCUUUUGGUUUAAAUCUAUGAUAGAAGGUAUAUUUUCAUGAUGAGCAUAAAGCAAACCAAUAUGACUCCCCUCCUCUCAAUUCAGUACCCCCUUUUCUUCUUUUUUGAUUUUCAUCAUUAAACUAUCGGCAUUCACAAUUCGGAUGUCACUUGUCUAGAAAUUGCAAGAAUACAAUUUUGUUUCCAUUUUUCUAUGAGAUGAUAAGCUUGAUGUAAAUCUAGCGACCAAAGAAUAACUUUAAAAAGAGGUAUAAUGAUAACCCACCAAUUUGUUCAUUUUUUAUAAUGAAUCUGCUUUAUUAUGUCAAUAACUGUACAUGGCUAUACACAGUGAAAUUUUGUGUAAGCGCCUUUCCCUUGGUUUUCAGAGCAAAGUCUUCGGAUGUUUUAUGUGUGAAACGGCUGCAGUUUACGUACGCAUGUGGUAAGGUUUCAAACGCGUGAUUGAUCAAAAAAUGCUACAAAAAGAAAAAUGUCAGCGGCUCAAAGUUGCUGGAAGAUAUGUAAAUGUUUCUGUUGACUGACACGCAUGGUAAUCUUAUUCUCGGCUUUGUUACAAUGGAAAAGAAAUGGAAAGAUUUUUUUAUAUUUUGGUCUAAGCCUAUCUGUAAUGUACAACCUGUUCUGUACUAGCAUCAGCAAUUGAAGCAAGAGAGAGAGAGAGAAAGUAAUGUGAACGCCUCCGUUCUAAUGUCAUAAACUUUUUUCGUUGUGGAAAGAAGAAAUAUAUGAAGUUAUUAAUUAUCAACGAUUAAUGUGGUAUGUAAUUUUUUCUUCAAUUUUUUUAUUUGUGUAUUUAUUCAUUUUUGCAUGCCAUGAAAAUUGUUCUGUGAUGCUGAAAAAAUGUUACGGUGAUAUGACGAAGAAAACCGAAAAAAUCUCUAAAAGUCUUGUUUGAGUGUAUUACAAGGCUGAAUGGCAUAUAAUUAUAUUGUUGUUUGAGCCGUUGUCUUUAAGGAUGAAAAAACAGAGUUUACAGUUAAAAACUGAGCAGCAAUUGAUGAUAAAUAAAAAAGAGUAAAUAUGAAGAUGCUUCACGUA